AUGGCGUCCACCGAUGCGUGCCCCAGUCUCCACGACCAGCAGAAUCACCCCUCUACAGCCGCAACUUCAACCUCGAUGGAAAUGCCACCCACAGAUAUGGAUCCGCCGACGAACCACCCCACAAUGCUGCCUACGGAACCCCCAGGAGCAAUGGACCCCACCACAGACGACCUCAUCUACAUCAACCCUCACCUGGAAGGUGCUCGCCCGACCACUUACACCAGGAUGUUGGAAGAAUUCACGGAACAAAACCCCUCCCCCGAGGAUCGUUGGUGUGACGAAUUAUAUAAGAUCCUCAAGAUGGAGAGCGAUAACAUCCGGUCGGGUACCCACUGUAUUUCAGACCUCCCAGAGCUCGCAAUCCGUACUAUCACGUAUUCGUAUCCCACCUUCAUGGGCGGAAUGAAACGUGUUGCUUCUUGUCGUACUGACUAUGACAAAGAGGAGAAGGGGGGGAGGAUUGGAGAGGAUUGGGAUGACUUGAAGGGGGUUGAGUUUUACAUUGUGCCGGAUAAUAGUGUGGAAGAAGAGGCAACCGACGAUAGCAAGUAUUACUCCACCCCACCAGCCGCUGUGACGGUCAAUCAGGGUGAGGAACUUUGUCCAUCAGCGCAGUCAAAUACAAUAUGCACGUUCCCAAAGCCUACCACACCGACAUCGAGCCCGCCAGUAGUCGAGAUCGCUUCAGAGAGCGCACCCGCUGUUGAGGCCCAGCCUACAAUGACAUUACAAGUAUCAGGUCCAUCCCCACAACACGCCCAAGACGCCACCGUAGAGACUACGGAAGGCCUCACUUUCACCUACGAUUUCUCCUUAUUCCAAGACCGUUCCUGGCUAGCCCUGACCGUCGAAGAGGCCUCCAAUGCUCUUUCCUCUACACCUCCUAGUCACCCGCACUACGCCGCUAACCUUUUCAUACUCAGCCAACUUUUGCUUCUCCGCUACACCCACAAGGACUACACAAACCUCAACCAGGCACUGCAACAUGCCGAAUCUUCCCUCCGCCUCUUCCCCUCCUUUCUUCGCCUAAUACCCCUCAUGAGCAUCUGCCGGAUCUUGAGCCUGCAGGGUAACCAGGCCCGCGCGGACUUCGUCCAGUCUGAAGGUUUAGCCAUACAUACCGAGGGGAAGAGGGUCUUCACGUUGAUGAGUUCAAGCCGUUUGCACGAAGAGCGCUCCUCCAGCACACAGGAGGCAGAACACCUGGAAACAGCAAUAACCUAUAUGACUAACGAGCUGGCCACACAGAGUGGAAAAGAAAGGAGCUUGCUGUUACUGUUUCUAAGUUGUAUGCACAAUUACCGCUUCAUAGCUACACAGGAGGCGGUGGAUCUAGACAUGGCCAUUGAGUACCUGGCUGACAUGACGGGUAUAAACGCUGAUCCAAAGCAUCAGAGGAUAUUGGCAAGAUACUACGUCGCCCGCUACGAUAUUAGUAAAGACUUGACCGACCUGGAAGCCGCUACGGCCGCUAUAGAAGCUACACUGUCACAUGCCAAAGAGAGCACCGUCUGUAGUGAUGUUGCCCUCCGCGCGGAGGUGGCACAUCAAAAGUGGCUGCAUACUGACUGGAAGUAUCAUGUAAGGGCGGCAAUCAAUUGGUCAAUGGCCGUCGUCGAGUACCUUGAUAACGAAGAGGAUAUAUUGUCGGUGUAUGUAAAGCUCGGAGCUCAAUUGCGUGGUUAUUCGCGUAUAACCGGUGACCGUAGAGGCCUGAUGCACGCAAAGGACCUUGCUUCCAAGAUGGUCCGUCGUCUGCCCGAGGGCCAUGAGCUACAGGGGGUGAUGGCAGAGGAGCUGGCCAGUUUGGAGUCUAUGCUGGCUGGCGAUUACGGGAAGGAUCCAGUUGCUCAUCUAGAGGCGGGACUGGAGGCUAUCGAUCCGGAGGAGGACCCGGAGUUGUAUCUCGACCGCCUCAUGGUUCUAUCCGAAAACCUCAUGAAGCGAUUUGAUCGCCAUGGGAACCCGGCGGACAUAACUGCUGCAUUGGAAAAGCUUGAGAUUGUUGUCGCUGCGACUGAGCACAUAGGUUGGCGCCAUGUGGUGAAUCUGGAUGCGUUAUCAUGCUACCUUCUUCGACGCUUCAAUGCGCUAGGGGACCUGGCAGACCUCGACAAUGCAGUGAUGUAUGGUGAGAUGUGCUUGACUGCGGCGGCAGCUGCGCCAGAGAGUGAUGGCAUUCAUCGUAACGUCAUUCCCGUGUUACAGUUUCAUCUCUGCAGCACCUACUUCGAGCGAACAAAAUAUAACACCGAACUCACGGACCUGGAUAAAGCGCUGAAGUUGGCUACUGCGGCAUCAAGGGGGAUUGACGAGGGUCAUCCACUAUAUAUUUCCCGCCUGACACAUAUCGGCGGUCUGUAUCUGCAGAGGUUUGCGAGGAGCUGUGUGAGGAAAGACAUUGAUACUGCAAUUGCCAUCGGCCAACAGGCUUUGCAGGCGGCGUUGAGGAUCGACGGGGACGGGUGUGACACAAAUCAGUUGGCAAUGGUUAAGGGGAAUAUCUCCGAACUUUACAGGUCGCGGUACCUAGUGUUCAAGAGUGAUGAGGAGGAUAUGACAGAUGGGAUCCACCACGGCGAAGAGGCGCUGAGAUUGACACCAAGUGAUCAUCCGAGCUAUGCAGGGCGUCUGAUCCUCGUCGGUAAUUGGCUACAUGAACGGUAUUUGCAAAAUACGGGAAACAAUAUCGAGGAUAUAGAUCGGGCGAUUGAAUACUUGAAGACUGCAAUCCAGAUGAGCUCGAACAGAUAUCAGGUGCAGAUGGCAAAGUCGUUCCUGUUCGAAAUGGAGACCCACCGGCGGGGCUCAGAUCUCACUAACAUCGCACCACUCAACGCCGAGAUUGAAGCGCGCUUGAAGGCGGUGGCGGCGUUACCACCAGGCCAAAGUGUUGGAGCUGCGGCAAUGAAGACCUGGCUAGCAGUACAGUAUCGGGUGCGGUAUGAGCGCAUUGGGGACCUGGCUGAUAUUGAGAAAGCGGUCGAAUACUCUUAUGCCGCACUUUCAGAUUUUCCAGGUCCUGAAGGCAGACGUGGAGCUAUCCUCAGUGAGUUAUCCGCCCACCUUAUGAGUCGAUAUAAAAGGUUGGGCGCAAUGGAGGAUCUCGACAUGAGUAUUUCCAUAGCUCGUGAGUCAGUCAAAUACCGCUUCCACCGCAACCCUGUGUCUUCAUACGACGACCUCCUCGCCGCGAUAACCCUUGGUCAACUCUGCGUGGACGCUACUGUGGGCCGUGAUGGACCGGUCCAUUUCCAGAUCAUUCUCGCCGACGCCCUACACCUCCGGCACCUCGCCAUUCCAGUUUUCAUCCAGGACCUUCAUCGCGCAAUAAUAUUGACCCUGAACGCCCUCAUGGACCCGCGCGGCACAGGCCAUAUACCCACAAAGGACAUCUCUUACCGCCUCGGACACCUUUAUCACUCACGCUUCCGCUGCACCCAGCAGAUCGACGAUAUUGAUCUAGCCAUUGAAUACCUGGAACAUACCCUCCGACGACUUCAUAAAGACGAGCCCGCCCGUGGGAAGACUCUUGAUCUUUUAGGACGCUGCUAUCUUAUGCGCUACCAGGCAAAGCAGAACACUGGGCCGGACGGGCAACGAUCAUUCCACUCCUUCCGCGAAGCAUGGAAUACCCUCUCUGCUCCACCAAUAUUACGCAUCAAUGGCGCACAAAGAGUGGGAGACGUCUAUGCGCGCUCCGGGAGAUGGGCCGAUGCAGUGGUGAUGUACGAGGGAUGUGUAAAUCUCAUGCCACAGAUCAGCAGACCGUUCCUCUCCCGUUCGGACCAGCAGCGACUAUUAGCGACGCUCGCCGGUAUUACCUCACGGGCGGCUACAGGCGCUUUGAUAGCUGGAAAAGGCGCCACACACGCACUGAAGUUGCUUGAGCUAGGUCGUGGGAUUAUUGCGGGCUUCAUCAUUGAUUGCCGCAGUGAUAUGACAAACUCACGGUCCGACCACCCAGAGCUGUGCCGUGAGUUUGCGGCAUUGAGAAAGGAAAUAGAGGAUGGGCUUUCUACGCCAGUGCGCCCAACAGGGUGGGAGAUACUCGGUCCUGAGAGUGUGAUGGCGUGGAGGAAGAAGGUGAUGGCCAGGAUGGAGGAAGUACUAAGAACCAUACGAGCUUUACCAGGAUAUGAAGAAUUUUUAAGGCCGCCCAGUGGUAAGAGUCUCAUGGAGCUCGCCGUCUCUGGGCCUCUGGUGGUGGUGAAUGCAGAUUUCUUUGGCUGCGACGCAAUCAUAAUCACCAGUACUGCCAUCAAGAGCAUCACUCUCGAGAAAUGCGACUGGGGAACAGCGCGUGAGUUGCUGGGUGGUAUGAAGGAUCUAGUGACAGGGGGUAUCUCUACCUACGCCGACCGGACAAAGAAGACGCAGGCACUGCUUAUCUGGCUAUGGGACGUUAUUGUCUCCCCCAUUCUCACUGCACUCGGUAUCACCGCCGCCCCGCCGCGGCCGCUGGGUGAGCUACCGCACAUAUGGUGGAUGGGCACGGGUCCACUAGGCCUGGCCCCGUUUCACGCAGCGGGACACCACACGAAUGGGUCUACCGAGAAUACAAUCAGCCGUGUCAUAUCCUCUUACACACCAAAUCUCAAGGCGCUGCAGUACUCCCGGCAGAAGCCCGCCGAAACGAUUCGAGAUUUGUUACUUGUGGCCAUGCCGACGACAGAUGAUGAGAGCGAGCUUGAGGGUGUGGAGGAGGAGCUGACAGAGAUCAUUGGGAUUGUACAGCCCGAUGUGACGACCAACAUCAUGGUGCAACCUGGUGUUCCGGAGGUUCUAUCAUCCCUCGGCAACUACCAGGCCGUCCACUUUGCCUGCCACGGUGUCACUGAGGCCGACGAUCCCAGCAGCGGCGGACUUCUACUGCAGGGCGGACGACUGACCGUUGCUGAUAUAGCUGCAAAGAGCGGCUGCGCAAUGAUGGCCUAUCUCUCAGCGUGCUCGACAGCUGAAACUGGAGACAGCAAUCUAGUGGAUGAAGGGAUCACCCUAGCCAGCGCCUUCCAGAUGGCGGGGUUCCGACAUGUUGUUGCGACGAUGUGGGAGGGGCGGGAUGAGAUGUGUACGGCGGUUGCAGAGAGCUUCUACGAGAGUGUGGUGAAGAAGGGGUGUGGGGUGGCGAAGGCGCUGCAUGAUGCUGUUGUGGAGGCCAGAGGUGAGGGAAGGCAGACGGGGAAGGUGCUGGACUGGGCGCCGUUUAUACACAAUGGAGCGUAG